CUUUCCUUUUUUUAUUCACGGAACUAAGGGGGAAGAAAAUAUAAAUAGCGUAUCUUUUUUUUUAUUGCAAAAAGCUGACAUGGAAAAUAGCAUUUUAAAGAUUAAACGGAUGAGAGAUUUCUGAUUGAAAGAGAUAAGAAAUCUUUUUGAUUUAUUGGCUGGGACUAUUUUUCUUGAUCUACUUUUUUUUUCUUUUUGACGAAUCUGCUCAUUCUCUCUGCUACUAGCUAUUUCGACGCUGUGAACUAAAGCCGUUCUUACACUUCUGGGCAGAUAAGAGAUAAGGGCUGUCUAGCGUGUGACGUUAGUUUGCUGGAAAGAUUAACUCCUUUGUAACUGGUUAAAGAAAUAAGCUGCUCUCUGUUUGGGACAUUGAAAAUUGAAGGAGUUUUGUUCCUUUGGUUUUAAGAAUGACAAUUAAGAAGAUCAUGGAUGUACAAGAAGGGACUUUAUCUCUAGACAUGUUUCAGAAAAUAAUGAAUGGGAUUAACUCAAUAAAACAAGAACUGAGAAAUAAUAGACAAGCGUGGAGAAUUGAAUUUCACGAAAUGAGACAGGAGCUGAAAGAAACUCAGGAUUCUAUGAGAAAGGAGAAUAAAGAUAGAUCUGGAAAACAAAAAAAGGAUGGAAGAGAAAUUAAAGGCAAGGUUCAAACUAUGGAGAUUGGCUUAAUUAUGGACAUGAAAAAAGAUUUGGAUUUUCUGGCUGUGAUGGAUCCUGGAGACAAAUAUUAUAGUUUGGAAUUCAGCGCUGUCCUUGAAGGAAUUGAAGAGAUUGGAGAUAAAGAUAUUAUCGGUUCAAGAAAAUUCUUGGACUGGAAGGAUUUGAUGGAACUUGAAAUGGAGAAAGUUAACAGAAUUAAUCCCUGUUUUGUGUCAAUGGAAAAACCUUCAAGAGAUGUACUAGUGUAUCAUGUGGAAAAGAGGAACAGAGAUGCGGCUUUGCAACAACACUUCAGUGAUACGUUUGGAUUUGAUGGCACCUGCUCUCUUCUGGCCUUGUUUCUGUUUCCUGUAAAUGUGGAAUUGAACAAACUUUCAGUUGAACUGGCCUUCAAACCUUGUAGUUCUUUAAGAGAAGCCAAACCUGUCAACACUUAUGGAUAUUCAUACUGGAUCAUGCUUCUUAUAGUCCUUUUAAAUGCUGCAACUAUUGUCAUCAUUGUUUUCUACCAACAUGCGAGGUAUUCAAAAAGGAAGGAACGAGAGAGACCCAUGGAAAGUUCACCCAAAGAUGGCAUUUUAUUUUAAUGGAAUCAGUUCCUUCUUUUCAAGACCAAAUGUGUAAUCUAACCAUCACUUACAUGUGCAUAAGGCCCAUUGACUCCUGUAGGGCCUAAGUGUGGAUAAUUUUAUACAGGGUUCAGGGCCAGGCAUGACUGGCCCUUGGGCACCAGCCUGUCCCAGGCCUCCGGUGCCAUAGCCCAACCUCCCCCAUACAGGUGUGGUGCAGGGCUAAUAAGCCUGCCCACCUACCUCUCAUGUCAUGUGAAUAACGUAUGCAUGUAGCACUCAUGCCUGCCAUCAACCAAGAUGCCACAGCCUUCUUGGGUGAUGGCAGGCACAUGCACACAGUGAGCAUGGCAUUCACACUGAUGAGAGAGGUAGGUGGGGCAUGCUGGUGGGCUUAUUGAAACCCACAUUGUCUGUAUUGGGGUGUGUGUGGCUAGGAGCUCCCUCUCCACGAUCUGCAGCAGGGUCAGGUUGCAGGACCCAACACUGCUGCAGAUCACAGAAAGGGAACACCACCCUCCCACCCUAAGAAGGGGCCUUUCAGGGGCUCUUCUGGGCUGCAGGGGCUCUCAGCCAGGGCCCAACCUGACCUUCCUCUGGUGCUGGCCCUGACAGGGUUGCUACCUAAAUGAAUGAAAUAGAACAACAAUGUAAUUUGGACAAUCAGGAUUGAUAAUGGAAAACUCAUACUAUUUAUUGCAGUAGAUAAUUUAUUUUAGCAUCCUUGCACUGAGGUAUUUCCACAGAGUUCAGCACAGGUCUGCACAAUUUGCAACUCCAAACCUGUUAUAUUUUUUAUUCUGUCUAAUUGAAUCUGCAGUUACAUUUCAUUUAGUAUGAGAUUAUCGUGAAUCUACGGCUCUAGUGUGUAUACUGGUUUUACAUAAUGUGUUUGUUUGUUUGUUACUUAAUGAACAUGCAUAGAUGUAAAACCAGUUUGGGGUGUGGGUUAGGGAUGGGAUCUGUUGGCAGGUGCUGGACUGAAAGCAUUCUGUCGACCUAACAGGCCAGUAUCUAUUCAAGUUUGAUCUUUGUCCGCUAGCCACUGCUCUUACUGAUGGGUGACAAUACUGUCCUAAUUCCAUCAGCUUUAUUCCCCAGGUGUUAUCAGCUGUUGAAGUCAAAAGGUGGACUGAAUACUUCACACAGAUGACCAAUCCACAUAUUGUCUGGGCAGAAAUCAGGCAGAUAGUGACUCUAACCCUGCUGCUUGGUGAUGCUGAAGGCCUAUAGCAAGAGUGGAGAGCCUCUGGCCUUUCAGAUGUUGUUGGACCCCAACAGUUGCAGCCCCAGCAUGGCCAACGGUCAGGGAUGAUGGGAAGUGUAGUCCAAAACAUCUGGAGGGCCACAGGUUCCCCACUUCUUGCCUACAGCAUUCCAGGAGCAGUCAGUGGGGUGCUGCAGCAUUUCUCACCUGCCUUCCAAACGCCGAGGGUUGCUGCUGGUUCUGAAGGGGAGGGGGGAUGCACAGGGAGUGACAUGUGGUGUGGCAAUGGUGGCGGAGCCAAUCCGCUGUUCCUGCUGCCAUGCCAGCACUGCUCCGGGCUCCCCAUGCUUCCCCGUUCCCCCUCUGGAAUUGGCAGCAACACUUGCUGUUUGGAAGGCAGGUCAGAAACACCACCCUGCCUGUGCUGCCCCACUGACUGCUACUGCCUAGUAUUUACUCCCAUGCAGAACUGCAUUUGGGGGAGCAGGAGAACCUCUGGUAGCCCAGAAUUCCAGCCCUCAGAAGGGCUGUCAUGUGGUCAGGAACUGAACUCACCACCACUUUCAAAGAGGGCCUAAACACAAAAUAGCAUAGCAUAUGGGGACCGGAAGAUAUGGGAAGAUACUGUCCUAAUCCUCAGGGCAAAAACCUGUUGUGCAUGUACAGCAUAAAACGUAGCUAUUUCCAACUGCUGAGGCAAUUAUCAACCACAGAACCACAACCUCAACAUAGGAAUAACCCUUGCGUGUGUAGGGAUGGGUGAAUCUGUGGAUUUUGAUUUCUCAGCUCUCCACAUUUCCAAAUCAGUUUGUGAUUAAACAAAAAAGUCCUCAUGAAGAUUCCCCAGCAUUUUAGUGUAAAUUUCUCUUAAUAUACACAUUUUGUGUAAUAUAUACAUUUGUGCAAAGCAACUUUCCCUGCUAUAAUGCACUGUUAUUUUCACUAAUGUGUGCAUUUUUGUACAUGCUAUCCUAGUAUAUGCAUUUUUGUACAGAUUACUUGGCUGGAGAAUUGCACUGCAAAAUUUGGAGAAAUGCAAAUUUUGAAGGAUAGCUGUGUUUUGGUUCUCAUAUUGUAUUGGAAAGUACAAAUAAGGCAGAUUUGCCUUUAAGUGCAAACUGAAUCAAAUUUCUCUCCCAUCCCUAUGUGUGUGUUUGAAGAUGCUUUCUGUAAUUAGGGUGCAGGAGAGCUAUAAAUAUAUCUAAUAUAAAUGUGAACCAGAAGGGCAUCUUCGUUCCCCACACAUGUCUUCUUCAGACACUGUGUAUGUUGGAUGCUGACCACCUCUCCAUUCAGCUACCUAGUGCUUUGUGGCCUACUCAGAAGACCACUGGAGGCUAUUGACCUUAAUCAAAUUGCUGUAGCACCAUUAACUUCAGACCGACCUGUAACUAUGUUACUGUUCCAAAAUCAUCAGGCUUUUCUGUAUGUCCUUUAGUUCAAAGGUUCUACACUAACACCAAUGGCAUAAAGCAUAUGCAUCUGCCUGAGAGCCCCAAGCUGAUAAUUUUCUGAAAGGAGAUUGAGAUCAGUAUUCCAUGCUAGAGGUGAUUACUAUAUCAAAAUGGGAAACCUCCUGAGAUUUGUCCACUGCUGAUAACACUACUGCUAUACAAUUGCUGGAGCCAUGCUGAGGCAUUUAUUUUCAAAGCCGAAGACAUGGAUUCUGUGAUAAUACAAAUGCUCUGUUUCUAUCAUAACGUCUGAUUGUAGAUUUAAUCACAUUGCAUGAUGGAUGUUGGCUCAGCAAACAGUGACAAUUGCUCGUUGAAGCUCACUGUGAAAUUUUUUGCAGCUCAAGCAGAACUGGCAAAUGCUUGGCUGGGUGCCAAUUUAGCUUGCGGGGGGGCAAAUCUCUGAACAUUUUAGCUUAAACAUCUGCAGUGGCAAAAAGUAGUCUUUAAGCUGUAUAAAAUCUUUUAUCAAAGGAGUGAUUCAACAUGCCAUGUGAAAGUUAACUUGUUUGGUUAUAAGCCAGUCUUGUGUCCCUUGAACCUCAUUGUUUGGCGACCACUGUUCCAGUUUGCUUGCUCUUUGCAAAGCACCACAUUUUCUUACUUUAUAGUCACCACAGCAGAACAUACUUGAAAAGCUUCUGAAUGCAAACUCAUCUGCUGCAUUUGACCUCUGUGACGUUGAUGCGAAGAAGCUAUAUGCAUAUAUGGAGGAGAAUUAGUUAAACUCAGCCCAUAGUUAAACUAUGGAAUUCGCUCCCACAAGACGCAGUAAUGGCUACCAGCUUGGAUGGCUUUAAAAGAAGAUUAGACAAAUUCAUGGAGGACAGGGCUAUCAAUGGCUACUAGCCAUGAUGGCUGUGCUCUGCCACCCUAGUCAGAGGCAGCACGCUUCUGAAAACCAGUUGCCGGAAGCCUCAGGAGGGGAGAGUGUUCUUGCACUCAGGUCCUGCUGGCGGGCUUCCUCCAGGCACCUGGUUGGCCACUGUGAGAACAGGAUGCUGGACUAGAUGGGCCACUGGCCUGAUCCAGCAGGCUCUUCUUGUGUUCUUAUGUUCUUAAUUAUACACACAGUGGUGGGUUUCUUGAAUGUUUCCACUGCAACUACUUGCACUGCUAAAGAGGCAAGCCACUUUUCAAUUCAGAUUUUAAAAUUUAAAUUAAAAAAUGCUUUGCCUUUUCAGCACGAGGUAGAAAUCACCCCCCCCCCCCAUCUAGCUCUCUAGUAAAAAUGGAAGGCCCAAAGCUCAGUGGCAGAGCAUCUGCUUGGAUGCAGAAGGUCCCAGGCUCGGUCCCAGCAUGUCCAGGCAGGACUGAGAAAGACUGUCUGCCUGAAACCUGGGAGAGCUGCUACCAGUCAGUGUACACAAUAGUGAGCUGGUUGGACCAAUGGACCUGAGUAUAAAACAGCUUCCUGUGGUCCAAUGUGGUUUUGGGCACCAUCUUCAAUUAGCAUUAAGGACAACCAGCUAGUUAUGACUUUUACUUCCUACCAAAAACCAAUCUGUAUGUCAAUUUCAGUCCAUGGCAUUCAUGGUUUACAUUCAGCCUGGGUUAAUGACCAUGUGCCAAAAGCCAGACCUAUAAAGGUUUUGACCCUUGGAAUGGAACGUCAUCUACUUGAUGGUUGACAGAGAAAAGAAGUCAUAACUGGCUCUAACAUCUGAGUUUUUGGGGCGCUCUUCUCGUUUGCAAGUAAGGUUACACAGAUGCUACCUUCCUGUUUUUUCCCAUUGGGGAAACAAUAGCUUUGGGGAAAUCUUUAGAUUGGGGAAAUAGCACAAGGGGGAAAGUGGUUAAUGCCCCCCCUUCCACCAGCCUCACACAGUCCAGAUAAAAUUUUCCACCCAUGCCUGCUUUUAUUUUAAAAACAAAUGGGAUAUCAUAGUCAUGGAUCUCCCUUGAGACAUGUAGGUCUGCUCUUUGACAGGAAGGCCCUGAUCCUAUUCUGAAUGUGCAUGGGGUGUGUGUAGAUAUUUGAAUGCUUUCAUAUGAGAAUCUGAAGAAGAAUGGAUAUGUUGUACAAAUAAACUACAGAAUGUACAAAA